ACAACCAGGACCCGGAGCCCCGGAGCAACAACGUCCCCGGAGGACAAACAGCAGGCUCGAGCUCUGAUAGCACCGAUGUUCAGGAGCCAUGUUUCUAAACGGCCUUAGCGACAGUAACUAAGGGGGCGGGGCGCCGUCACAGCGAGAACGCGGAGGCUCCGCGGGAUCCGGAAGUGCUCCGAGACCAGAAUCCAGACUCAGUCCAGGACAACACGGUCCACCAGUCACAGCGGAGACCUGCAGGACGAUGGAGAACCAGAACCCGGACCACAGGAGCCAAACAGCAGCCUCGUGCUCUGAUAGCACCGAUGUUCAGAGAAGGAGAAGAAGAGAUGGACUCAAAUGUCACCGCUGUCAGUACUGUGACAAAUCCUUCACAACAUCUGGAUAUUUGAAGAUUCAUCAGAGAGUUCACACUGGAGAGAAACUGUACAGCUGUGAACAGUGUGGAAAAACUUUUACCCAAUCAGGUAGCCUAAAAAUCCACCAUCGUGUUCACACUGGAGAGAAACCGUACAGCUGUGACCAGUGUGGGAAAACUUUCACUACAUCACGUGAACUUCAAAUCCACCAACGUGUUCACACUGGAGAGAAACCAUACAGCUGUGAUCAGUGUGGAAAAACUUUCACUAUGUCAGGUAGCUUAAAAAAACACCAACGUGUUCACACUGGAGAGAAACCCUACAGCUGUGAUCAGUGUGGAAAAACUUUCACUAUGUCAGGUAGCCUAAAAAACCACCGACGUGUUCACACUGGAGAGAAACCCUACUGGUGUGAACAGUGUGGGAAAACUUUUACUCAAUCAGGUCACCUAAAAAACCACCAACGUGUUCACACUGGAGAGAAACCAUAUUGGUGUGCACAGUGUGGGAAAAUGUUUACUCAAUCGGGUCAACUAAAAAACCACCAACUUCUUCACACUGGAGAGAAACCGUACUGGUGUGAAAAGUGUGGGAAAACUUUCACUACAUCAGGUGAACUUCAAAUCCACCAACGUGUUCACACGGGAGAGAAACCAUACUGGUGUGAACAGUGUGGGAAAACUUUUACUCAAUCAAGUCACCUAAAAAUCCACCAACGUGUUCACACUGGAGAGAAACUGUACUGGUGUGGCCAAUGUGGCAAAUCUUAUUCCAAGGCUGGAUCUCUAAAGACUCAUCAGAGACUUCACACUGGAGAGAAACCGUACAGCUGUGAUCAGUGUGGGAAAACUUUCACGACCGCAACUAGCCUAGAAAUCCACAGAUGUAUUCACACUGGAGAGAAACCGUACAGCUGUGACCAGUGUGGGAAAAGUUUCAUUCAAUCGGGUAACCUAGGAAGGCACAAACGUGUUCACACUGGAGAGAAACUUUACUGCUGUGAUCAGUGUGGGAAAGCGUUCAAUAGAUCAGAUUCCCUAAAGACGCAUCAACACGUGCACACUGGAGAGAAACCAUACAGCUGUGACCAGUGUGGGAAAGGUUUCGCUGAGCCACGUAGCCUAACCAUACACCGACGUAUUCACACUGGAAAGAAACCGUACAGUUGUGACAAGUGUGGAAAAACCUUCACGUCAUCAGGAGACCUGAGAAGGCACCAACGUGUUCACACUGGAGAGAAACCCUACCGCUGUCAGCACUGUGACAAAUCCUUCCCAACGGCUGGAUCUCUAAAGACUCAUCAGAGACUUCACACUGGAGAGAAACCGUACAGCUGUGAUCAGUGUGGGAAAACUUUCACGACCGCAACUAGCCUAGAAAUCCACAGAUGUAUUCACACUGGAGAGAAACCGUACAGCUGUGACCAGUGUGGGAAAAGUUUCAUUCAAUCGGGUAACCUAGGAAGGCACAAACGUGUUCACACUGGAGAGAAACUUUACUGCUGUGAUCAGUGUGGGAAAGCGUUCAAUAGAUCAGAUUCCCUAAAGACGCAUCAACACGUGCACACUGGAGAGAAACCAUACAGCUGUGACCAGUGUGGGAAAGGUUUCGCUGAGCCACGUAGCCUAACCAUACACCGACGUAUUCACACUGGAAAGAAACCGUACAGUUGUGACAAGUGUGGAAAAACCUUCACGUCAUCAGGAGACCUGAGAAGGCACCAACGUGUUCACACUGGAGAGAAACCCUACAGGUGUUACCAGUGUGGGAAAACUUUCAUUCAAUCAUUUAACCUAGGAAGGCACCAACGUGUUCACAUCGGAGAGAAACCGUACAGGUGUAACCUGUGUAGGAAAGCGUUUACCACGUCAGGUGCCUUGAGAAAUCACAAACGUGUUCACACUGGAGACAAACCGAACUUGUGUGAAUAGUGGAAAAACCUGGACUUGGUUGAAAAUACUAGAAGAUGUUUCGUCCCUCAUCCAAGAGACUUCUCCAGUUCUGACUGACUGGUAGGGAAACUCAGCAAUUUUAAACCGAGGCUGUCAUUUCAUCACUUCCCAGGAAACUGAACAAGCAUUUGGCUUCAGGUGAAGGCCACUGUCGUUACAACAGCCAGGAGCCCUAAUGAACCAGCAGUAUCGAUGAUCCUGGCAAACGACCCCACAGAGGUUAAAUGGCUGAGUUUCCUUCCAGGAGGGACGAAACGUCUUCUAGUGUCUUCAACCAGUCCAGUUGGCCUUUAACCUUCUUUGGAUAACUAUGACCUGGCUGACAGAGAACCUUCACAAACUGAGGGAUAGACAACAGUAACUUUAUAUUCUGAGCAGCAUGCAUGUUGUUGUGGUAAUGACGAGGUCACAUCACCUGCCCUCACCCUUCUGCUGGAGGGAGGGUCCUGGAAGAAGUGGGUCAGAAUCUACUGAUUCAGUCUGUUUCAAUGAUUUUUACUUUUUUGAACAAAUGAUUAGUGUGACUGUCAAAGAAGGAGUGUUUUAAUCUACCAGGUGUUUUCUCAAUUAAUCGCUUGGUAAAUAAAAGGCUGUGACUUGAAGACUCUGGCGGGAGGUUCUGACAGUCCAGUGUGAUGGAAAUUGGAUUUUUUGCUUUUCUAUGCUCUACUGUUAUGUUUCACUAGUGGUCCUUAAAGCGGCCAUAUGUACGUUUUUGAUUUUAAUCAAUCAAAUUGUUAGUGGGUUCCAAA